GAUUUUUUGAGAAAAUUUGAAAAUGAACAAAAAUUGUCAAAACAAUUUUUAUUAUUUAGUGAGCUAUUCAGGGUCAAGAUUGUGAAUACCAUCUCUCUAAAUAAACCAUGGACUAUUCUCGGCUUCCAGAUAAGACUGUUAAACUUUCUGAACUACUGGACCUUGCUCUUGGAACACCUGAUCCAGGGUCGGUUAACUUCGGCAUACUGUAUAUCAUUUUAUCACAUAUAAUAAAGCACCUCAAACUCAGCGAUGUGGAGACAGAUGUAGAGAAACCAUCAAAUGAACCUCAGUCACAGAAUGAUGCGAAAAUAUCAACUUCUGAAUUGGCCCCAAAUAUAUUCCAUAACAUUCAAAAAAGAUUAACAAUUAUAGAAUCUCAAUUAACUUUAUUCAAUUCUUUACCAAAUAAUCAAGAUAUAAUUGGUUUCAUUGAUAAUGAUAUACAUAAUAAAAAGAAUAAUAAUAAUAAUAAUAAUAAUAAUAAUAAUAAUAAUAAUGCAUUAGAUCAUUCAAAUGAUAAUUAUAGAAAAGUGACUAAUUUAUGGCAAACUGUACAAACUAAUAAACGUUUAGAUGCUACAGAAGAAGGUCUUCAUCGAUUAAGCUCCUUGACAGAUGACCUACUUGAACAAAUCAAGAGAUUUUCAGAACAAAAUAAAGCAUUGAAAUCUGCACUUGAAGAAGCACUAUUAAACUCUGCAUUAAAGGAUCAAUUGGCUGAAUUAACACGAAAAUUAGGUGAAAUUGAAAAACGUCAGAAUCAAGAAGCAGCUCUUUUACAAAAUGUUGUUCAUAUGGAUGCAUUACGUGGUUUAGUAUUUUGGCAUACAUUAGGCAAAUCAAUUACUGGUGUAGAUUAUUUAACUGCUUAUUCACAACUUAAUACUACUACUAAUACUACUAAUGAUAAUAAUAGUAGUAAAUCAUAUCAUGGCAAUACUAUUGAUAGUAAUCUAAUGAAAGAUGAAUCAAAUCGUUUAACAAAGUGUUUACCAGAAGAAUUUCUUGAAUGUCCAGAUCCGGAUCUAUCGUCUACACUUCGAAAACUUGGAAAUGUAGCCUCUGGAUUUGAUUCAGUAGUUAAUCGAAUUGAACAACUUGAAGGAAUUAUAAAACAAAAACCUGAUCGUAGUGAACUAGAAGGUUUGGGUGUACCAACAGAAUUAUAUGAAAAAAUUUAUAGUUUAGAAGUUAUUGUUAAAGAGUUAGCCAAAGAAAGAGAAAAGAUUUAUGUAGAUUGUGGAACAUCACCUCAUAUGCCUUAUCCGUCUGAUGAUAAGAAAUUAUUAAAGAAACUACAACAUACCAUAUCAAUAUUACAAGAACAAAUUAAUCAAUUGAAUAAUACAGUUACAAGUGUACAAUCACAAUUUAAAAAACUUUAUGAAACUGUUCAAGAUGUAAAACAGUAUGCAGAUGAUUUGGAAACGCGUAAAGCAGAUGCAAAUUAUGUUGAUACACAAUUAGACAAGAAAGCUGAUCGAGAAGAUGUAAAAAGUUUCAUUAAUCGAUUAGAAUUUGAUAGUACAAAUCAAACACUUGAAAAAUUAAUUGAAGAUCUAUUUGCCAAGUUAAAUGUAGCGGAAAAUGAACUAAAAUCAUUAUUAAACGAUUUACAAGAAACUAUGGAAAAUAAAUUAGAUCGUGAUGAAAUGGAACAAUUAAGACAAUGGUUAGAGAAACGAUUGAAAUCAUUAAGUAAACGUAUAAAUUCAUUUACAAAUGAUACAUCACCAACAAGACAAAUGACAGAUGAAGCUGCUGGUUUAAAACGUAGUCUUAUGCAACAUUAUCAUUGUAUAUCAUGUGAUCGUCCAUUAGAGGUUGCUCUAAGUCAAGAAUAUUUAGGCAGUUAUCCAGCUGAUAGUCGAGGAUUUCCAAUGAAUAAAUCCAUACGACCAUAUACUACAUUCGAUUUGGAAAGUUUACGUCAUCAAAUACAAACACGAUCUAAUAAAGCAUUUUAUGUAGAUCCACCAUAUAGACGAUAUAAUUGUAAUUAUUAUGAUGUUUAUAGUGGUACACCACGUCAAUGUGGUGGAACGCAUACAACUGCACCAUCGUCCAAAAGGAAAUCACGUGCAACAACAUGUAAAAGCUCUCUUCAUGAUGGUGAUGUUACAACAAAGUCUUCCAUUCCAUAUACUUACAGAGAAACUCUUAAUUUACAAGGUAUGGAUGGUCAUAUCUAUCGUGGUUCACCAAUACAAGAAAGUCAACAUUUAGUAAAUAAUAAUGAUUUGUCAGCAGGAAAAGAUGAAGAGAAUUUAGAUAAAGAUUCUGAUAGAAAUGAAAAGCUACCACCAGUUUCAAAGUCAAGUCGUUAUGUCAACACAGUAACUGCUCGACCUCAGGUUGCUUAUAAGUAUGUUGGUUCAGAGAGACGUGAAAAAAGUCAAUCACCUCAAUAUAUAAAACGUAUUAAUUCAGAUGAAUUUCAAUUCAAACAAUUCAGUUCAAAUGGAAUAGAACAUUUACCUCAAUUAAUAAUUGGUUCAACACAAUUACCUAAUCAACGUAAUCGUAAAAUUCAAUUAAAUCAACCAAAUUCUAAAUUAAUUAAUGAACAUAUUUCAGUUAAAUCUAAUGGUUAUGCUGUAAUUGUUGUACCAAAUACUGGAACAAUAGAACAAGAAACUCCAGAACUAAAAGCAGAGAAUGGUUGGAUUGCUGAAAAGUUGAACAAUGAAUUAAAUGAAGAUUCAUCUCCAACUGUCAAAGAGAAGCAUAGUUCAACUUAUCCAAGUCCAGCUACAAAUGAUAAUGAUGAAAGAGAGGUGGAAAUGGAACUAGUUACAAUAGAACAAUCUUCACCAGAUGUGAAUAUUACAGUAGACGAUAUCUCCAACUAG